AUGGCAAAUUCAAUGAAUCGAAGACGAUUUCAUCCUAAUCAUCGUCGAACAAAACCAAUAAUUCCAAUAAAUGAUAAUACAGAAAAUCUUAUAUCAAUAUCCCAAGAAAUAUUUAAUGAAUGUGAAAAAUUAAAACAAAAAAUUCUUUUAUUAAAUAAUAAUAAUAAAUCAGAAAUAUGGAUAUAUCGACAAGAAUUACUUGAUCAAUAUGAACAAUUAAUAUUAUAUGAUCUUGAUUAUGCUAUUGAAAAAAAAAUUGAACAUGAUUUAUGGACAAUUAUAUUUAAAAAUGAAAUUAAUUAUAAACAAGAACAAUUAAAAGACAAUAAUCAACAACAAAUUAAACGUACUGAAAUUCAAACAAGUUUACAAAAUUUCUAUGAAUAUGCUCGAGGUUAUUAUAUGAAAUUAUUACAAGAUGUUGUUCAUUCAUAUAAUUUUGAAAAUUCUAUAUGUAAAUUAACAUUUCCUUCAUUACAAAAACGUCAUCAACAAAAUUCUAAUUCUAAUCAUACAUGUAAAGAAGCUUCAAUGCUUUAUUUUAUUCAACAUAUACUUGUACAUGUUGGUGAUUUAAAUCGUUAUUCAAAUCAAAUUGAUUUAGCUAAAACAUUUUAUCAAUAUGCUAUAUAUACAAUACCAUGUUUAGGUCAACCAUAUAAUCAAAUAGCUAUAUUACAUGAAAUGAAAAAUCCUUUAUCAUUAUUAACAUUAGGACAAAAUCAAUUAAUUACAACAUAUUAUUAUAUACGAAGUAUAGCAAUAAAAGUUACAUUUCCAUUAGCAAUAUCAAAUUUAGAAAAAUUAUUUUUACGUUUAAAAGAUAUAUCAAUAACACGUUAUGAAUCCCAACAACAACAACAAAAUGAUUUUUUAACAUUAUUUUUACAAAUAAUAGCUAUGAUUAAUUUAGAAAUAAAUCUUGAUAAUAUUCAAACAUUUAUUAAUUUAUUUCGAACAAUAAUUAUAAAAAAUUUUAAUCAAUUAAAUUUUAUAUAUAUGAUAACAAUUAUUAUGUUUACAAUACAUCGUACAUUAAAUUUAUUACCACGUUCAUCAUUAAUAAAAAAACCUGAAUUACAAUUUGAUAUUAUAUUACAAUUAUUUAUUAUUAUUAUUGAACAAUGUCUUGAAGGCAUACAAGUACCAUUAUCAAUGAUGAUUAUUGAUGAACAACAUAUUUUACCAAUAAUUUAUCUUUCAUUUGCUUAUUUAUCUAAUAUACAAAAAUAUAAAAAUGAUUUAUUUGAACAUAAUGUUUUUAAACAAAAACACAUUAUGUGGAAUUCAUUAGCUAAAUUAUUAAGAUCAUUUGGAGUUUAUGCAUCAAAUCUUGAUAUAAUUAAAGGCAAGAAUGAAUCAACAGGAUCUUUACUUUUUAAAUAUAACGAUUAUCCUCUAGCUGAAGAACGUACAUUAGAAUGUUUUACACCAUUAAAUGAUAUUCUUAAAUCAUAUAAUUUUAAAAAAUAUAUUGAUGAUGAAAUAACAAAUGAAUAUUUAAGUGAAAAAGAUAUAAGACAAUUACGUAAAUUACGUUUAGUAUCUAUUCUACGAAAUUUAUGUCAAAAAAUUGAUGAAAAAACAAAGAAAAAAAUUUUUGAUCAUUUAAUAACUUAUGUUAAAGAUGAAAUUGUUUGUUUUGAAUCAUCAUCACCAUUAACACAACAAAUUCCUUCAUCAAAUUUUGGUGUACCAGGUGAUCGACGUACAAUACAGAAACCAACAACUGAUGAACAAAAAUCAUCUAAUCCAAAUGGUACUAAUGUUAAAACACCUCGUGGUGCUCGAAAUAUAGCAUUAAGACAAUUUCUUGAACCAGCUCUAGCUGCUUCGGAAUCUGCAUCGAAUAAUCGUUCUCUAAAUCAAAAGAAUUCAUCUAAUGAUGUGAUUUCAUUUCCACCACCACCUCCUCCUCCUGUUUCGCAUCAAUCAUUUAUUGAUAAUUCAGAUGCUUGGCCAUGUUUACCAUCGGCAUCGGAAACCAAAGAUCUUUUUCAACAACAAUCAUUUGAUUAUGAAUCACGUCCUGAUUCUGUUUGGAGUAAUAAUGAUGAUUCAAAAGAUCAAUUUACUUUUCAAUCCCAAACAAUAUCAACAAGUCCUCAUCAAAUGCUUGCACCUGGUUUAAUGUUUUCACAUCCAUUAUCAAAACAACAACCGAAAUGA